AUGUUGGAGACAAAAACCAGAAAUGUAAAGCCAGCAGAAAUCAAGGAUGCAAAAAUCUCCCCAGAGAAGAAAAGCCAGAAAGGUAAAGAACUUGAGAACGUCUUUCAUCUAAGCUCAAAAAGUAUUUCACAUUUGAGAAUUCACAGGGAGAAGGACAAGGAGCCAGUUUCAGAAGUCAAAGCACAAGACACAGCUUAUGACAGGCUUCAGAGAGGAGCCCCUCUGGCAGCCAGCUUUAGAGGAGCCCUGGGAGGGCAAAGAAGUGCAGAGAGGCAGCAGGGAAGCCAGGCAGGACCCAGAGCAAGGACAAGGAAUAGCGUUUCCAGACAUGUUCCCCUCAGAGACGGAAGUGCCCUUGAUGAGGAAAGAGGGCAACAAAACUACCAAGGGGAGAAACCCUUUAUCUGUAAAGAGUGUGGAAAAGCCUUUGGUCAGAGGGCAAACCUCACUGUGCACCAGAGAAUCCACUCCAGGGAGAAACCUUUUCUAUGUAAUGAAUGAGGAAAAGUCUUCAGUCAGCAAUCAUACCUCAUACGACAACAGAAGAUCCACACAGGUGAGAAACCCUAUGAAUGCCAGGAAUGUGGGAAGACCUUCAGCCAGAGCUAAGUUCAUCAGGGUGUCCACACUGGGGAGAAACCUUUUGAAUGUGGUGAAUGUGAGAAAAACUUUAGUCAGAGUUCAGGCCUCACUGUACAUCAGAGGAUCCACACAGGUGAGAAGCCAUUUGAGUGUAAUGACUGUGGCAAAGCCUUCAGUUGUAGCUCAUACCUUAUGCAUCAAAGAAUUCACACUAGGGAGAAACCCUCGUGUAACAAGUGUGGAAAAGCCUAUGGACAGAGCUCCCAUCUUAUUCUCCAUCAGGCAACUCAUGCCUGGAAGAAACCUCAGCUAGUUGCUUGUGUUAGUGCCCACUGUUAA